UAUGCUGGAAGCCCGCAGGCAGGCGCCCGGGAGGUGCUGAAGGGACAGUUCCCGCCGCCGAACUUGCCCCGCCGAGCGCGGGUGGGGCGGCCCGGAGCCGGCGGGGCACGUGAGCCAUGGAGACCAUCUGGAUCUACCAGUUCCGCCUCAUCGUGAUUGGGGACUCCACCGUGGGCAAGUCGUGCCUCCUGCACCGCUUCACCCAGGGCCGCUUCCCCGGGCUGCGCUCCCCUGCCUGCGACCCCACGGUUGGCGUGGACUUCUUCUCCCGCCUGCUGGAGAUCGAGCCGGGCAAGAGGAUCAAGCUGCAGCUCUGGGACACGGCGGGACAGGAGCGGUUCAGAUCAAUAACUCGAUCCUAUUACCGCAACUCAGUUGGUGGAUUUUUAGUAUUUGACAUUACUAACCGACGAUCUUUUGAACAUGUAAAAGAUUGGCUAGAAGAAGCAAAAAUGCAUGUACAGCCAUUUCAGAUUGUAUUUCUGCUGGUGGGACAUAAAUGUGAUUUAGCUUCACAACGUCAAGUUACAAGGGAAGAAGCUGAAAAACUGUCAGCAGACUGUGGAAUGAAGUAUAUAGAAACCUCAGCAAAAGAUGCUACAAAUGUUGAGGAAUCCUUCACAAUCUUGACAAGAGACAUAUAUGAACUUAUUAAAAAGGGAGAAAUUUGUAUUCAGGAUGGCUGGGAAGGGGUUAAGAGUGGUUUUGUUCCAAAUACUGUGCAUUCUUCAGAGGAAGCAGUAAAGCCCAGGAAGGAGUGCUUUUGCUGACUUCAAACAUGCCAAAGAACAAGAACAGAUUGGGUGUCAUUUCAGGAUAAAUAUCAACAUUAAUGGCAGAAGGAUGCAAUGAUAGCAUUUUAAAAAGUUAAGCCUGUACUAACACUAUUUUGUAAGCUAUUUGAUUCAGAGCACUAUGCUUGUUACACUAUAAGAUUGGGUGUUUUGCUAAAUUAUCAGGUGAAGCAGACAACUUUUUGAAACUGGAGUACCAACAUAAUUCCUUCCAUUCUUACUUUGUUAGCAAAUAGCUGACCUUAGUGUCCAGAUAUGUCAAUAUUACUCAUUUUUUUGACAGUUCAAAAUGGGUUUUUUGUACAUAUAACAGUCUGAUUAAAAAGAUUUUAUCAAGAGUUAUAUUCUGGAGUUAAUAGUGAAUAUUAAAGUGCAUUUAAAAGUGUGCUGUUCACUUGCAAAGUAAACAAUCUCAGAAAUAUUUUUUUAAUUUAACCUUUUUAAAUUUUUUAUUUAUUUGGGUUUUUUUUGUUUGUUUUUUUGUUUUUUGGUUUUUGUUUUUUAAUGUGGUGCUGAGGAGUAAA